AUCCCUUGUCAUGCUGUGAGUCUCAUUGUUCUCUUUGGGGUUUUCAUCAUCUUGGUAUCAGAGCAUCAGAUCCUAAAUCAGGUUUCAAUCAUGCCAAGCGGUGAUGACAAAUCAACCAUUAGAAUGCACCAUGUGGAUGAAUCUCUCAUGCUCAAAGCAAUGCAACAACAAUUUCAAAGGAAUGACACUAAUGAUGAUCUCAAUGACGAUUAUGAAGAUGCAUUCAACAAUGAUGCCCAAAACUCAAAUCUCAACAUGGACAGAUUUAUGAGAGGUAUAGGGGAUCAAAAAGGUAGGUUUAACCGAGAAGAGCAAAAUCUAAUGAGUCAGGGAGAUCAACAAGAUCGUGACUUAGGUAGCAUCAAGAUGAAGAUUCCUUUGUUUCAAGGCAAAAAUGAUCCAGAUGUGUAUUUGGAGUGGGAAAACAAGGUGGAAUUGGUGUUUGAUUGGCAUAACUAUUUUGAGGAGAAAAAGGUGAAACUAACAGUGGUGGAAUUUACUGAUUACGCUGUAGUGUGGUGGGAUCAGCUUGUGCUUAGUCGACGUAGAAAUCGAGAGCAUCCUAUUAACACUUGGGAAGAGAUGAAAGCUGGCCUUACUCAAGGGUCUAAAAGCAUUGAGGAUUAUCUCAAAGAGAUGGAAAUCGCAAUGCAUUAUAUGGAAUUAAAAGAUAUGGUGCAUGUGGCGAUGAAAGUAGAACGACAACUCAAGCGUAAAGGAGCCACCACCAGAACUGAGCAAAAUUCAGGUUCCUCAUCUUCUUGGAAACUAAAUUGGUGCAAAAAGGAAGAAAAUUUUGCUUUUAAGCCUAAAACUACAGAAUCUAAGUCAAAAGAAGUUGGCAGCAAUGAGAAAAGUAAAACAGAUAAUACGCAAGGCAGAAACCGAGACAUCAAGUGUUUUCGAUGCUUGGGAAGGGGGCAUGUUGCAUCGCAAUGUCCUAAUAAGCACAUGAUGAUCUUGAGAGAUGAUGGAGAAAUUGAAACCAAGGGUGAAUCUAAUGAUGAAUCUAUGCCACCAUUAGAAGAUGCUAAUGGGUGUGGAAUAUGCCGUUGAUGGAGAACUUCUCAUCACCAGGCGAGCUUUGAAUGUGCAAGCCAAAGAAGAUGAUGAAGUACAAUGUGACAAUAUAUUUCACACGAGGUG